AUGGGCUGCACACCUUCUCGCAGUGAGAUUGAUAGUACUGCUGCAAGAAGUGCUCUUAAGGCUCUGAAUAAACCCAAAAGUGUUUUGCCGAUUGAUUCGAGAGAUCUAGGAAUCCCUCUGCUGGUUAAAGGUUCAUCUUCCUACAAUAUUGAUGAGUAUGGGAUUCAGAGGAAGGACUACCUGGAAGAAGAGGAGGAGGAUAGACUGUCAGAGCUGGACAAAAAUGAUAAUGUGCAGUUAUCUUCCAAGGUUCAUUCAGAUUCCCAGAUUUCAAGGGAAGACAAGAAAAUUGAGAGGACAGCCACAGAUGCUGAAGUUGUUAUGUCUGAACUGAUUGAGUCUCAAAAGCGCAUCACUGAGUCCAUAGAGAUCAGAAAGCAAACCUCCUGCGAAUCAGAGGCAUCGGCUUUCCUCUGGGAUGACAAGAAUGAAGCCAACGCAAAGAAAAUCCCAAAGAAAGGAAAGAAGAAAAAAACCCAUAAGCUGGCAAAGCAGGGUCAAUCCAACAAGAGUAAAGAAAAGUCCAUUCUGGCCCCGUGUGAGACAGAGAAGAAGGUAGACUUCCCAGAGCUGCUGGUCAAGGCUCACCAGAGUGCAUAUGCCUACUUACACCCCAACCUGUCCAAGUAUGAAACCAUUCUGCACAUGGCCAACCAGGCCACCCAAACCCAGCUGUUCCUGCAGCAGAUGAUCAGCUUCCUUGUGCUUCGCUUUGAUGAAAUCAACCAGCUCUUGGAAGAAAUUGCCAGCGAUGGGGAGAAUCUUCUCAAAGAUGUAGGUGGGAAUCUGGCGUGGCCGGCAGAAAAGAAUGAUUUGAAGGAGCACCCUGAUCUUCUGCAGCAGCUACUGCAGUACACGGUGAACAAAAUGCAGCUGGUGAGUGGGAUGCUGGCCUCCCUCACAUCCAAUGCCCUGCAGGAGACAUGCAGCUACCUGCAGUCUGCUGCAAGCAACUUGGAGGGCAAACUGAAAGCAAAGCAAAGCUUUGAUGAGCACCUGCUACGGACAAUAAAGCUGCUGGAAGCCUCAACGAUGGGAUCCUCUCGGUCCCAUGGUGAUGACAGGACUCUUUGUUCUGAGGACAGUGGCAUUGGUGUGGACAGCGAAUCCCUCAAAGAGUUCAGUGGUCUCAGCCAGCAUGGAGCACAGCCUGGUGACUCCUGUGCACACGGACAUCCAUCCCGAAAGCAUCCCGGAACUGCGGAGCGUGUGAGCGUGGGCACAGCUGCAUCCCAUGGCUGUGCUCUUGGAAGGCAUCUCAAAGACGUGUUUCAUUCAUCUGUGCAAAGUAGGGAACCGACUUCUUGUCAGGGUGGAGUAGCAGAAGGCACUUCUACUGUGCCCCAAUAUGCAAGCUUCAGCAACAGCCGUUCCUACAACUCCUUGCAGUCUGAUUCUACUCAGGAAGGUGAACAUUCCAAAAUCUGUGAAUCAACAGAUUUUCUUUCAGAUGAGGAUGAGGAUGAUGAUGAUGAUGAUGAUGAAGAAGAGAGCACACUGGGGGAGGAUGAUGACAACACAAGUUUAUCAGAAAUGGGGAAGGAUGCUCUGCCAAGGUCCCUGUCUUCACCUGCACUCACUGAUAACAUUCAAAGGCAAUCCAUCAAAAGGACAGAGAAUGUAGAUACAGAAGAAAUAAUUUUGAAGAUGAAAGAUGCCAUCAGUGAAAAAAUCAAGUUCGUCCCAGCUAAAUCCAGGCGUAAAGAGUGGCUAGAGGAUGAGAGCGGAAGAGCAGUCCUGGCAAAGAGGCCCAGUACAGCAACAGGCAGACAGAGAAGGUCUGGGAAACAACGACGGUCCAGGUCAGAGGAGUCCCUCAGAAGCCAGGCAGAGGACCCGACUCUCCUAGAGCUUCAGAGGACUCAAAAAGAGCUCAGCAAAAGGCUGGAAAUGUUGUAUGGAAAGGAUAUAGCUAACAACCUGGAGCUCUGGAAAUCAAGAACAGCACCUUAUUUGCAGGAUGAUCAAACUACAUCUAGGUCCUCCCGCAAGCUGAAGGCAGGCCUCUCAAAAAAUUUCAGCAUCCUGCCUAACCAGGAUAAAGUCCCUUUGUUCACAUCUGAUCAAAAUCCUGUCCUUCUGAAUGAAAAGAGAGUCAGGAAGCCUGCAAGAGCUACUGUGCCUACCCAGGAGACAUCAGGAGGCAAAGAAAAUGAGCCUCCUGGAGCACAAAUGUUGAGUGGCAGCAGCUGUACCCCCCGGCAGUCUGUCAAAAAACUGAUUGAAACUUUCAGUCCUACUGAUGAUCUUGCAAAAGCCAAACCUCUAAGAUCCUUAGGACCAAUAAAGUGCAUCAGAAAAUUUGGACUUCCAGUCAUCCCACCCACCACUCCCUUCCAGAGAGGCCUGGCACCUUUAAAUCUUAAACAUCGUAUUUCACCAGUAGAAGACACAAACACCAAUGAUGUUUCUUCUAGCUUUCCAAAUGCCUUUCUUCCUGCACCACCUACAGAAUUAAGCAAGAAGGACACAAAGGAAGAGACCGAUGAAGACAUUGAGAACCUGCCACCGCCACCACCUGAAAUGUUGAUGGACACUUCUUCUGAAAAUUUAUCUGAGUCUGAAGAAGCUGCAAGAACAGAAGGAAACUCUUCGGAAGAUGCCAAAAAGACCACCAAACCAGAACUGCAUGCUCCUAAGAGAUCACAAGUUUCCCCAAAAAUGAAAGCCUCCCUUCAGUCUAUUGACUUGCUGCCAAGCAAAAAUAUCAGCGGCCCCAGUGCUGUGGCCAAUAAAGGUCUGAGGAGCACCAGGUCAGGGGAUGAGAAACUGCACAGGUACUCUCUGGAGCUGAACCCUACCAACGUGCGCAUCCCCAGCCAGGAGGAGAUAUUAGAAACCCAGAGGAAAGAGGCUGCGGAUUUAUACAAGCAAACCCAUAAAAUUAUUCCUCUUCAGAACCCCAGUGGGGUUUCAAGCCCGCACAGCAGCAGCUCAGAGAGCAAGGGGCCCAACCCACCUGUGCCUCCGGUGCCGCGCCAGAAGCACGGCUCUCCCGAUGCGCUCCGGAGCAGCGAGAAGGGCUCACUGUUCACCAGGAGGGUCUCCCCAACCAGAACUGCUCCUUCUUCACCAACUGAGAAACGGCUUUUCAGCCCCCCAGCGCACCACAGACAUUCUCUGCAGGCUUUCAGCAGCACGCAACCAAGCUCCCCCACCAUGCAGAGGAAACCCAGUCCCCCCUCCAGCCCCAGGAUGCCCAGCCCACCUUUGCAGAAGAAGCUGCCCUCUCCACCACCGCAGCGAAAACCUCUCAGCCCCCCUGUGGGGCACAGGCAAAGCUCACCAACAGCACAGCGCCUGGCAGGCUCCCCUACUCCAUUCCCCAGCACCCCCUCCCCACCAGCCUCCCCAUCUCGCUCCUCCAAGGGGCCAAGAGCUGGGCUGGACACUGGGGACGAGCACCAGCUCUCCUCCUCCAAGAGGGGCAGCAAUGUCCGCUCCAUAUUUUGCCCGGCCACCUCUUCCUUAUUCGAAGCCAGGCCUCCAGUGGCACCCAGCAAGUGCACUGCCGAGGUGAACAGCCAGCCUGAAGCUGCAGCACACUCCCAGAAGAGCAGCCUGCUGUUCCAGCAGCCCGGUGAUCGGGCCAGGAAGCUGUCCCUGAGCACCAGCAAUCCUCAGCCCUUUGUGAGGAGAAGUUUCUCUGACCGCCGCCCAGGGGUCCAGCCUCAUCUCCCAGCUCCUCUAACAGCUGGCAGCGAACCUGCACUUCACCAGGCAAGCUUGGAGAAGAGCCCUAGGAAAGCAGGUGACUCUUGGAACAGCUCUGGCGCUCCUGAAAGCAGAGAGACCAACAGAUCCUCUGCCCACCCGGAGCUCUACGUGGUGGGCCAGGGGCUGCAGAGGGACUGACAGCAGGAGCAGCCCCAAGGCAGAGACAGGAGCAAGCCCAGAGACCCCAGAGGGAGGAAACUGCCUCAGCCAAGCCUCCAGAACACGGCUACAUCUUCAACUGCAAGGAAACUAUGAUGGCAUUGCAUCAAAACCCCCAAACUGGGCUCAACAAUCUAACAAAAUACCAGCUGGCUGCUUCUCCUUUCAUGCCAUGGUUUUGCUCAGAGAUCCACAUGGAGCAAAAUAAACACUUGGUAACUGGGUGAGUCUGAGGCAAAUUUGGACCUAUAGCCAAAUUCUUUUUUCCCCAGUUUAGACAAAAUAUUUUAAAAAGCUAACACAAAUCAUCAUUAUUCAGCAUGUUAUUUAUUCAGUAGGCAUCACAGUCUGUGUAAAAAGGGCUGUAGAGACUUUUCCAGGAGGGAAGUGAAACCCUGAACCAAUUGAGUGUUACUGCAAUUAAACAUCCAGGCCUUCAGCAAAGCCACAUUUUUACCCUAGGUGUUUAUAUCUACAUGCAGAAAGAGAAUAAUGUCAUAUACAACUUAAAACAAAGCAACCCAUUUUGAAGGGAAAAAAAUUAGGGAUCUUACUCUCUCAAAAAAGCCUUUGAUCUUCUAAAUCACUUUUGAUUACCAGAUAAUCUUAUCACCUCUAGUUUCCAGGGUACAAGGCUUAAUCCUGAUUAGAGUAGUUUUGCA